UAAGACUCGGCGGGUAAAAGUGAAACUGAAAGUUCAGACUCCAUUUUGAAUCGACGGAGCAGAAGGAGGGAAGCUGAAGUCUGAGGCAGACUGACUGAAGUCCAGAAGAUGAAUGAUGUGGAGGAAGACGAGGACGGAGCAGAGUCUCCAGUCCCCAGCUGUUGGUCUAUGAAGAGUGACCGGUCCAAACAAGAACCUCUGUUCUUCAGGAAUGAACCUGGACCUUCACACACACAAGGUGAGUCCUACAGACAGAGAGCAGAGUCUCCAGUCCCCAGCUGUUGGUCUAUGAAGAGUGACCGGUCCAAAGGUCUUCCUCUAAACUUCAGUAAUGAACUUGGACCUUCACACACACAAGGUGAGUCCUACAGACAGAGAGCAGAGUCUCCAGUCCCCAGCUGUUGGUCUAUGAAGAGUGACCGGUCCAAAGGUCUUCCUCUAAACUUCAGUAAUGAACCUGGACCUUCACACACACAGAAGAGGAAGAGCCAUGUCUCUGUGUCCAGCUGUGCUCUGUGUCAGGACGUCCUGAAGGAUCCAGUCUCUACCAGCUGUGGACACUGGUUCUGCAGACAUUACUUCACCUCAUACUGGGACCAGUCUGGUUCUUCAGGAGACUCCUCCUGUCCCCAGUGUGGAAAAAGACCCAGAACAAGACCUGGACUGCAGACAGCCAGUCAGACCAGCACUGAACAAACAGAUAGUGGUCUGCAGGAGGUUUUACAUCAACAUAAGAUCAGUCUGAGGAGCAGAUGUGAACAUGUGACUGAAGGAACUGAUGGAACAGGAAGUGGAACCCUCCUCAACAGGAUCUACACUGAGCUCCACAUCACAGAGGGACAGAGUGAAGAGGUUAAUACCCAACAUGAGGUGAGGCAGCUGGAGACAACUUCCAAGAAGAAGACCCUCCAUGACGCUCCAAUCAGGUGCCACGACAUCUUUAAAGCCUUACCUGAUCAACAGAGACGCCGCAUCUGUAAAGCCUUACCUGUCCAAGAGAGAGAAGACGUCUCUAAAGUCUCACCUGACCAACAGAGACCCAUCAGAGUGGUUCUGACCAACGGCGUCGCUGGCGUUGGAAAAACCCUCUCGGUGCAGAAGUUCUCUCUGGACUGGGCAGAGGGCUUGGAGAACCAAGAUGUUGGUCUGCUGGUUCUGCUUUCGUUCAGGGAGCUGAACCUGAUCAGAGAUCAGCAGUACAGUCUUCUCAGGCUGCUCCAUGUUUUCCAUCCAACAUUACAGAAGGUCACAGCAGAGCAGCUCGCUGUCUGUAAAGUUCUGUUCAUCUUUGACGGCCUGGAUGAAAGCAGACUGUCACUGGAUUUCAACAACAGGAAGUCUGUGUGUGAUGUCACACAGGAGUCAUCAGUCAACGUGCUGCUGACAAACCUCAUCAGGGGGAAUCUGCUUCCCUCGGCUCUCGUCUGGAUAACUUCCAGACCUGCGGCGGCCAAUCAGAUCCCUCCUACAUGUGUGGACAGGGUAACAGAAGUACGAGGCUUCACUGACGCCCAGAAGGAGGAGUACUUCAGGAGGAGAUCCAGUGAUGAAGAGCUGUCCAGCAGAAUCAUCUCACACAUCAAGACGUCCAGGAGCCUCCACAUCAUGUGUCAAGUCCCAGUCUUCUGCUGGAUCACUGCUACAGUUCUGGAGCACAUGUUGACCACAGACCAGAGAGGAGAGCUGCCCCAGACCCUGACUGACCUGUUCUCACACUUCCUGCUGGUUCAGACACAGAGGAAGAAGAACAAGUACCAUGAGGGACGUGAGACGAGUCCACAGGAGCUGACGGAGGCUGACGGGGAAGUUCUUCUGAAGCUGGGGAGGCUGGCGUUUGAACAUCUGGAGAAAGGAAACAUCAUGUUCUACCAAGAAGACCUGGAGCAGUGUGGUCUUGAUGUCACAGAGGCCUCGGUGUACUCAGGACUUUGUACUGAGAUCUUCAGAAGAGAGAGUGUGAUCUUCCAGAAAACAGUCUACUGCUUUGUUCAUCUGAGCGUUCAGGAGUUUCUGGCUGCAGUCUACAUGUUCCACUGUUACACCAACAGGAAGACAGAGGUCCUGAAGAACUUCCUGAGGAAACAACAUGUUGAUUUAAUCCUGGAUAAGUUCCUGUGGGCAGCCAUGGAGAAAUCCCUCCAAAGUAGAAACGGUCACCUGGACCUGUUUGUCCGCUUCCUUCAUGGCCUCUCUCUGGAGUCCAACCAGAGACUCUUAGGAGGUCUGCUGGAUCAGAGAGAGAACAGUCCAGAAACCAUCCAGAGAGCCAUCAACAACCUGAAGAGGAAGAGGCCAAAAACCUCUCCUGACAGAAGCAUCAACAUCUUCCACUGUCUGACGGAGAUGAAGGAUCACUCAGUUCAUCAGGAGAUCCAAAAGUUCCUGAAGUCAAAGAACAGAUCAAAGAAGAAACUCUCUGAGAACAACUGCUCAGCUCUGGCCUACAUGCUGCAGAUGUCAGAGGAGGUUCUGGAUGAGUUGGACCUGAAGGAGUACAACACAUCAGAGGAGGGACGAUUGAGACUGAUCCCAGCUGUGAGGAACUGCAGGAAGGCUCGGUUUGCUGGUCGUGGACUCUCAGAGACUCACUGUGAAGUCGUGGCCUCAGCUCUGAAGUCCAACCCCUCCCACCUGAGACACCUGGACCUGAGUGACAACCCUAACCUACAGGAUUCAGGAGUGAGGAUCCUGUCUGCUGGACUGGAGAGUCCAAACUGUGGACUGGAGACUCUGAGGUUGAGUGGCUGCAGGUUGUCAGAGAUCAGCUGUUCUUCUCUGGCCUCAGCUCUGAAGUCCAACCCCUCCCACCUGAGAGAACUGGACCUGAGUCAGAACAACCUGAAGGAUCCAGGUGUGAAGCAGCUGUGUGGUUUUCUGGAGAGUCCAGACUGUGGACUGGAGACUCUGAGGUUGAAGAACUGCUGGUUGACAGAGAUCAGCUGUUCUUCUCUGGCCUCAGCUCUGAAGUCCAACCCCUCCCACCUGAGAGAACUGGACCUGAGUGACAACAACCUGCAGGAUCCAGAUGUGAAGCAGCUGCGUGACCUUGUGGAGAGUCCAGACUGUGGACUGGAGACUCUGAGAUGGAAGAACUGUAGUUUGUCAGAGAUCAGCUGUUCUUCUCUGGCCUCAGCUCUGAAGUCCAACCCCUCCCACCUGAGACACCUGGACCUGAGUGACAACAACCUGCAGGAUCCAGAUGUGAAGCAGCUGUGGUAUUUUCUGAAGAGUCCAGACUGUGGACUGGAGACUCUGAGGUUGAGGGGCUGCAGGUUGUCAGAGAUCAGCUGUUCUUCUCUGACCUCAGCUCUGAAGUCCAACCCCUCCCACCUGAGAGAACUGGACCUGAGUCAGAACUACAACCUGCAGGAUCCAGAUGUGAAGCAGCUGUGUGGUUUUCUGGAGAGUCCAGACUGUGGACUGGAGACUCUGAGGUUGAGUGGCUGCAGUUUGUCAGAGAUCAGCUGUUCUUCUCUGGCCUCAGCUCUGAAGUCCAACCCCUCCCACCUGAGAGAACUGGACCUGAGUCAGAACUACAAGCUGAAGGAUCCAGGUGUGAAGCAGCUGUGUGGUUUUCUGGAGAGUCCAGACUGUGGACUGGAGACUCUGAGGUUGAGUCGCUGCAGUUUGUCAGAGAUCAGCUGUUCUUCUCUGGCCUCAGCUCUGAAGUCCAACCCCUCCCACCUGAGAGAACUGGACCUGAGUGACAACGACCUGAAGGAUCCAGGUGUGAAGCAGCUGUGUGGUUUUCUGGAGAGUCCAGACUGUGGACUGGAGACUCAAAGGACAUUUAAAAGACACUGUGGGAUUGAUCUUAGAGACCAAGCUGUUGACAGCCAGCGCUCCCUGCAGGAUUCUCCACUGCAGAUCACCUGA